UGAGUGAGUCUGCUGGCUGCUGGCAGGCAACUCAGCCAACACUAGCGUCUCGCAGUACAACAACCACGAAAUACGAACCAUCUCUUGGGACGAAUGAGGUUACAAGGCUGAGUGCAUCACUAAUCUCAAUCCCAAACAAGUCUGCAUAGAAGUGCCCUGCCUGCUGUUGACUGCACAUAGUACCAAGCAGUUAAAACAACAAUGGCAAAGCGGAUUGCCGCAGUCUUAAUUGAUCUGAGUGGAACAAUUCACAUAGAGGAUACAGUCAUACCAGGUGCAAUUGAAGCCCUCAAAAGGCUGCGAACAACACAAGUUAAAAUAAAGUUUGUUACCAACACUACUAAAGAAUCCAAGCAUGUACUGCAUGAAAGGCUUAAAAAGAUUGGUUUCAGCAUUGACAAUGAAGAAAUCUUUACAUCUCUAACAGCUGCUCGCCAGCUGAUAGAUAAGAGAAACUUGCGUCCAUUAAUGCUCAUUGCUGAUGCAGCAAAAGAAGACUUUUCUGGAGUUUGCUGUGAAAAUGAGAAUUCUGUGCUUGUUGGACUGGCUCCUGAGCAUUUCAAUUAUGAAUGCUUGACAACUGCAUUUAGGUUGCUCCUUGAUGGCGCUCCACUCAUUGCAAUUCACAAGGCUCGCUAUUAUAAGAGAGGCGAUGGUCUGGCACUGGGCCCUGGUGCUUUUGUGAGUGGCCUAGAGUAUUCUUCAGGCUGCAAGGCUGAAGUUGUGGGAAAACCAGAGGCAGCUUUUUUCCACUCUGCUCUUCAAGACCUUGGCUGCACCCCAGAUCAGGCUGUCAUGAUUGGAGAUGAUAUGCAUGAUGACGUGUGUGGGGCAAUGAAGGCUGGACUUGCCGGUAUCUUAGUGAAGACUGGCAAGUACCGACUGGGAGAUGAAGGUCAAGCAGAACCAUCACCAUCAUACGUUGCUGAAGACUUUCCGCAGGCUGUUGAUUUUAUCAUCAACAACUUGCUUCAAUCUCAGUGAUCUCAUAUGCACACUGUAUAUAUAAUUUAUUUUUUAUUUAUAUCUGUAGCAUUAAGAGAACACUGUUUGUCUCUCACAUUUUCACUGUACAUAAAUGAAAUACAUUUUUGAUACACCAUAACUCAAAGCUGAAUGAUUUACAGCAUUCAAUUUCAACAACUGGUCCUGUGAAUGGUAUUAGAUAAUGAGCAAAAGCCUACUGUACUAGCCUAUGUCUGACAGUGACUCAAGGCUUUGCAUGCAUCUCAUAUUCUCACUCAGAAUAUGAACACGUUGAGAAUAUUUUUGUUUCAAGUCAUACUCUUCUAAAUGUAAAAAAGACAUAGAAAGGUGUCCCCAUUAUCCUCACUACCACAGCCUACUUUCUAUUACUAUAUUCUAUCAUUAUUAUUACUAUUUUUCCUACCAUUAUUAUCUUUACAGUUGCUGCUACUACCUCUACCCCUAUUGUAGUCUUUGAAACAUUGUUGCUUACAGGUGCUUUGAGUAAUCACUGAUGAACACCUGUGUCUGAAGAAUGUGAUGCAGAAUACAUGAUCAUGCAAUCUGAUGAA